GGUAGUACAGUUGUAUGCUUCUUUAAGGUUAUGUUGCUAUUAUUGAAGAUUUGAAUUUGGAUAGCCUAUUAAUUAUUAUUUCACUACCUUGGAUUUGUUAUCAUUCACAAUUUGUAAUUCUUUUCAAUAAUCAUUUGUAUUUAAAUAAUCAAUCUUAAGACUCUGAUAAAACUUUUUUUUGAGAAAAUUAAUAUCUGCAGUUAUGUUACCGUAGUGUACGGUACUGACUCCUAAAGCGAGGGAAUAAUAUAGAAUUUGAAAUAAUGAUAAAAAUGUUUGUACAGUACUCUAUAAUUGUUCUUAAAGUGUUAUAUUCAGAAGAAAAUAUCAACAAUAAACCACUUUGAUAGCUUGGCUGUGUUAAUGUUUUGUAGAAGGGAUCCAUUUAGCAAACUAAUACAAGAAGCAUGGCUGGUAUUGACUGACUCGUCAGUGAGAAGAUUUCAACUGUCUGCUGCUGAAUAUUCAAAGAAACUUCAAAAGUGUGAAAUGAGAAUUUUGAAUGUGGCAGAAAAGAAUGAUGCUGCCAAGGGUAUUGCCGGAAUCCUGUCACGUGGGACUGCGCGUAGACGAGAAGGAAAUUCGCCGUUCAAUAAAAUCUACGAAUUCGAGUGCUCUGUCAACGGACAGAACCAGAAAAUGGUUAUGACGUCAGUUUCGGGCCAUUUGCUGAGCUAUGAAUUCGUAGCCGCCUUUCGAGGUUGGAACAAGUGCCGUCCCGUCGAGCUGUUUGAAGCUCCGGUCGUCAAGGUUUGUCCAGAAAACUCGCUCAAAAUCAAGUCAACGUUGGAGAAAGAAGCUCGAUUAGCAAGAAUGCUAAUAAUAUGGACAGAUUGUGAUAGAGAAGGGGAAAAUAUUGGCUUUGAGAUAAUAUCAGUAUGCCAAGGCGUGAAUCCCAAUCUACAAAUCUACAGAGCGAAGUUUUCAGAAAUCACAGGACCAUCAAUCAGAAAUGCUCUGAAUAACCUUGCUGAACCCAAUAAGCGUGUGAGCGAUGCUGUAGAUGUUCGAUCCGAGUUGGACUUGCGAAUAGGUGCCGCAUUCACUAGAUUCCAAACGCUAAGACUGCAGAAAGUAUUUCCCCAGCAGCUGUCCGAUUGUCUUAUUAGCUAUGGAAGUUGUCAAUUCCCAACUCUGGGUUUCAUUGUCGAAAGAUACAAUGCUGUGAACAGUUUCGUACCUGAGCAGUUCUGGAAAAUACAUGUUGACCACAAAAUCGACGACUUGACAGUUGACUUCUCGUGGAAGCGAGUGAGGAUGUUCGACGAGCACAUCUGUCGAGUUCUGCACGAGAAAUGCCUCGAAAAGCCGAAAGCCACCGUUGUCACUGUUACUAAUAAGCCCAAAUCAAAAUGGCGGCCGAUUCCGUUAGACACUGUUGAGUUGGAGAAGGUCGCGUCACGGAAACUUGGCAUGAAUGCAAAGGAGGCAUUGAAAAUAGCAGAGUCACUCUACACAAAAGGAUACAUCAGCUAUCCCAGAACAGAAACCAACAUAUUCCCCAAAGAGAUGAACCUUUCCAAUCUUGUACAGUUGCAAACGGUUGAUUCAAAUUGGGGAGAAUUCGCGUCUCAGGUACUAGCUGAUGGGCCUAGUCCUAGACAAGGAAAGAAGACUGACGAGGCUCAUCCUCCCAUACAUCCUAUAAAGCAUGCUUCACUAGGUGGUGAUGAACAAAAAAUCUACGAGUACAUUGUCAGGCAUUUUCUGGCAUGUUUAUCGAAAGAUGCCAAAGGUCAUGAAACUAUUGUUGAAAUCGACAUAAAUGAAGAAAGGUUUGUUGCGAACGGUCUACUUAUCUUGGAAAGAAACUACUUGCUGGUGUUCCCUUAUGAGAAGUGGAACUCGAAAGAGAUUCACGAAUACAGACAGGGUGAAACGUUCAACCCAACCAACAUCAACUUUGUGGACGGGGAGACGUCUGCUCCCAACCUAUUGACUGAAGCUGACCUAAUAUCGCUCAUGGAGAAGCAUGGAAUUGGAACUGAUGCAACACAUGCCGACCAUAUAGAAACGGUGAAAUCCCGUUUGUACGCAGCUUUGUCAGAGCAAAAGUACUUCAUUCCCGGGCAACUUGGAAUUGGCCUUGUUGAGGGAUAUGAAAGCAUGGGAUUCGGAAUGUCCAAACCAUAUCUACGCUCAUCUCUUGAAUCUGAAUUGAAAGAUAUCUGUGAUGGAAGAAAAGAUCCAAGUGAAGUUCUCAGAUCUCAAAUUGAAAAGUAUAAGGAAGUUUACGUUCAAGCAUACGCUGAGGUUCCCAAAAUAGACGCAGCCCUCGCCAAGUAUUUGGAAACGAAUCCGUUGCCCUAUGAAGAGACGCUGCAGAGAUCAGCUGUUUCAAGGCCGAUACUGAAAUGCCCGAACUGCGGCACUGGUAUGGUGAUCAGGCAGCGGGCCAAUGGUGCUGGAUUUUUCAUCUCGUGUCUCGGCUAUCCAGCCUGUCGGAAAGCAAUAUGGCUGCCGUCACUUGUCACUAACUGUCAGCCUGCUGAGGAGACCUGUUCUACGUGCGGUACCGACGUGCGGAAAAUUGACUUUACAUUUAAACGCGGAUCCCUGGCUCCCUACUAUCCGAACCACUACGUUGGCUGCAUCAACGGCUGCGAUGAGCACUUCCUGCAGCUGCUCAACGUCAAUCCGCUGCAGAGGGAUGGAGGGGGGGCCAAUCCCCCCACCGCCAGGCAGCCCCCUCCCCCUUCACCACCCGCCAACAAUCGCAACAACCAGAACCAGGGAUACGGCAGAAAUGACGAUGACGACGAUGAUGAUGAUAGAGGAGGAUGGGGCGGAGGAGGAGGAGGUGUUGUUUCAGUUAAAGCACCAGACCCUCCAAGACGUCCGCCUGGUGGCGAUGAUGUCCCAGAUGAUUUGGUGUGCAAUUGUGGGACGCCUGCUAAAAAAUUUACUGUUCGGAAGGAAAGCGUGAACAAGGGCCGGGAAUUCUACAAAUGUCAGCAAAUGGCGCCUGAAGGCUGCAACUUUUUCAUGUGGGCCGACAACCAGGGACCUUCUUCCACUCAGCCUCCGUCAAAGCCGCCCUACAAACGGGGAUUCUCCGAUACUGAUGAUCGACCAAGCUAUGCUGGUAGAGGAAAGUCAUUCAAGAGUGGAGGAAGUAGUUCUCAGAGUACCGGUACAAGAAAAUGCGGAAUUUGUCAUCAGCCAGGUCACACUAGAAGAAACUGCCCCAAUGCGUGAUAUCCAUCGAAUAAUUUUCCCAUUGACAUUUAAACAUCAUCAAUAUUGAUCUCUGAGUGUUAGUGUAUGGACGAAACUUGGUAAGCAGUGCUGAAUAUUUGAAGAAAUAUUAAUGUUGAGAUCAUUUAUUGGACAAUAAUGUUAAUGACUGAACUAUGGGAUAGUAUAUUGUAACUAAUAUUAAACAGUAAACUGUGAUACUGUUAGUUUCUAGUUUUAAAACUAUCAUUCAGAUGUAAAACUUCAUCUUAAUUAGAAUAACUGUAAAUAGAUGAUGUAUCAUUAUUUUUGUACGAUAAAAACUGUAAGUGCAGUACUUUUUCAAUGAUAUUCAAAGUUUAUUCUCCAUCUUUCCUGUUUCGAAUUCAUUGAAUCUAUUUUCACGUUUCUUCGAGAAAAACUAUUCAAUUUUAUUGUUUAGUUAUUUUCCAAUACCUUCACAAUAUAUUUUGUUGUUGAAAUGAAUGACCCUGUUCAUUGUAUUGAACAACACUAAUAAAAUAAUCACAAUUUCGAUUAAAAAUUGAUGU